GCACCCCACCCCCCACCUCCCAAGCUGUUCUCCGAGUUUCUAAGGAGCGACCCUUAACCCCGGAGGUGCGGCACAGACCUUCCCGGCUUGCAUCUCGCACGUCGGCCAGCCAAGAAAGUCAGCUCUCGGAAACAGAAGAUGACUGAGGCCUAGCGGGGUCCAAAGAGCGAGGGUCGGGCUAGAUGGGGUUCCCUCCGUCGUGUGGGCCCCGCCCCCGCCCCCGGCGCUGCUGGGAGUUGUAGUUCGUGAGCCGUCCCGGGUCUCUGGGUCCUUAGCGUCCCUCCGCCUGCCGCAAUGCUCUACUCCUCAGGCCGCUUCUUAGCGGUCCGGGCGGCCACUACAAUUCACGCCCCGCCCAGAGCCCGGGGCCUGGCGCUCCGCGGUAAGCGGAGGGAACUACAAAUCCCAGGGCACCUCGAGACGCCCUCCUAUGACUCCUUGACGGGGCUGCGGACAAGACCCAGCGCGCCUCCGGUCCGGAGGGUAAUCCUCAGAAAGGGGAGGAUGCCGCCUGCCAUAGGCGGCGGCCUAGCGGGUUCCGAGCUGCGUCCCCGGAGGGGCCGCUGCGCGCCGCAGGCUGUCAGGGCCGUGGGCCGGGACACGGUCCCCCAGGUUGCAGCACGGAGGCUCAAACGGCCCGCUUGGAGCUCGCGGCACUUCGAGGCGGCAGGCCGGUGGGCCACGCUGGCUGUGGUGACGCUGCUGUCCUUCGCCACCCGCUUUCACCGGCUGGACCAGCCGGCGCACAUCUGUUGGGAUGAGACUCAUUUUGGAAAAAUGGGAAGUUACUAUAUUAACCGCACCUUUUUCUUUGAUGUACACCCACCUCUGGGAAAGAUGCUGAUUGCUCUUGCCGGCUACCUGAGUGGAUAUGAUGGUACUUUUUUGUUCGAGAAGCCUGGGGACAGCUACAAGCACCACAGCUACAUGGGAAUGAGAGGAUUCUGUGCUUUCCUGGGUUCCUGGCUGAUCCCCUUUGCCUACCUCACUGUACUGGAUCUGUCCAAGUCCUUUCCAGCAGCCCUGCUCACUGCUGCCCUUCUCACCUUUGACACAGGAUGCCUCACUCUGUCCCAGUACAUCCUCCUUGACCCUAUCCUGAUGUUCUUCAUCAUGGCGGCCAUGCUGAGCAUGGUCAAGUACAACUCCUGCGCUGACAGGCCUUUCUCUGCCCCCUGGUGGUUCUGGCUCAGCCUGACUGGCAUUAGUCUGGCUGGUGCUUUAGGGGUCAAGUUUGUUGGCCUCUUUAUCAUCCUGCAAGUGGGACUGAACACCAUUUCAGACCUCUGGCACCUGUUUGGAGACCUCAGUCUUUCACUGGUGACUGUGGGGAAGCACCUGACUGCUCGAAUCCUGUGCCUCAUAGUGCUGCCUUUGGUGCUCUAUGUGACCAUUUUUGCUGUUCAUGUCAUGGUGCUGAAUAAAAGUGGUCCUGGUGAUGGCUUCUUCAGUUCUGCCUUUCAAGCCCGGCUUUCAGGGAACAGCCUUCACAAUGCUUCUAUCCCUGAACACCUGGCUUAUGGCUCUGUAAUCACUGUGAAGAAUCUCCGGAUGGCCAUUGGCUACCUGCACUCCCAUAGGCACCUCUACCCGGAGGGCAUUGGUGCUCGCCAGCAGCAGGUUACCACCUAUUUGCAUAAGGACUACAACAACCUGUGGAUUAUCAAGAAACAUAAUACAAAUACAGAUCCCCUAGAUCCUUCUUUCCCAGUGGAGUUUGUCAGACAUGGCGACAUCAUCCGACUGGAACACAAAGAAACAACUCGGAACCUGCACAGUCACUAUCAAGAGGCCCCCCUGACCCGGAAGCACUAUCAGGUCACUGGCUAUGGCAUAAAUGGGACAGGAGACUCAAAUGAUUUCUGGCGGAUUGAAGUUGUAAACAGAAAAUUUGGGAACCGGAUCAAGGUUCUGAGAAGUCGCAUUCGCCUCAUCCAUUUAGUCACAGGUUGCGUCCUGGGAUCUUCAGGAAAGAUCCUGCCUAAAUGGGGCUGGGAGCAGUUGGAAGUUACGUGCACUCCGUACCUGAAAGAAACGGCUAACUCCAUCUGGAACAUAGAAGACCAUAUCAAUCCCAAACUGCCAAACAUCAGCCUGGACGUGCUGCAGCCCAGUUUUUCUGAAAUCUUGCUGGAGUCCCACAUGGUUAUGAUCCGGGGAAACAAUGGCCUCAAACCCAAGGACAAUGAGUUCACAUCCAAACCCUGGCACUGGCCUAUCAAUUACCAGGGCCUGCGCUUCUCAGGGGCCAACGACACAGACUUCCGAGUCUAUCUGCUUGGCAACCCUGUGGUCUGGUGGCUGAAUCUGGUGAGCAUUGUCCUCUACCUCCUCUCGGGGAGCACCGUUGCCAUUGCUGUGCAGAGAGGGGUACAACUGCCUGCAGAGUUGGAAGGGCUGACCAGGGUGCUGCUGCGAGGAGGUGGCCAGCUGCUGCUGGGCUGGAUGCUCCAUUACUUCCCUUUCUUCCUGAUGGGCCGGAUCCUCUACUUCCACCACUACUUCCCAGCCAUGCUCUUUUCUAGCAUGUUGACAGGUGUCCUAUGGGAUACCCUGCUGCGGCUCUGUGCCUGGGGCUUGGCCUCUUCCCCCAUGGGUAGCAGGAUACAUGCGAUGGGAAUCCUAAGCCUGCUUCUGGCAACUGCCUACAGCUUCUACCUCUUCCACCCUCUGGCUUAUGGGAUGGUUGGUCCCCUGGCCCAGGAACCUGAGAGUCCAAUGGCGGGACUAAGGUGGCUGGAAUCAUGGGAAUUUUGAGGCCACUGCCAGGACCCCAGCCUGGAUCCAGGUAUUGUCCAGGGACACCAGCUAUGAAGCCAGAUCCUGGACCUUUCCAGCUUCAGGGGAGCUGCCUGAUGAGCCUAAAGCAUUCUGCUACCCCCAGGACCAAACUGGGAAAGAGACCUGGAUUUAACUCAACACUAAAUGGAGCUGCAGCCCUCUCUGCAGCACCUGCACAGGACACUUGACCGACAGCACCACUUGGUGCCAGUUCCCUCCCUGGCACCACAAGGAGAGCAGGUGGGAGUGUGGGAGGGCCCAUGUGUCCAGUCCCCUUGGAGUGUAGACCACGGAACUGGAGUCAAGUGUCAUAAAUUCCAAGAAGUGCUCCAAGGUUAACAGGAUAUUCUCUGGUAUCUUUUCAUAUUGGAUUUGGUUUCAUUUAGGUUUCUAAGGUCCAUAAGAAAUUCUUUGGUCUCCAGGAGGACUGAGAGUGCUGCCCACCCCCAUGGUAUUGGACUGGCACAGAGCUGGGACCAUCCAGAGUCUCCUACCCUUCUUCCCACGUGCUUCCAGUGAGGCUAGCAGAGCACCCCACACUGCAGGGCUCGGCUGCUGCCCACAGUCUCUUCUCUGGGCACGGUUCUGCCUAUAGUGUGUACAGAGCCCUGGGUUCCAGGGCACAAGCUGGCAGAGAAGUUGUCAGUCUGUGGUUGGCCUUCCUUCGAUGUUUGGUUCCCUGUUCUCUGAACUGAGUGGGUGGGACCCACAUCUUGGCUGCUAUGUGCCCAGAGUCUGUUUCUCACUAACCAUCCGUUUUGCUCUGCAUCUGUCUAGCUCUGAGGACCAAGCCCUGCUGGCUGAUAGAGCCAGAAGCUGAGUCAGAACAGAGAUCUGUGGGGCUGAGCACGUACUGUGGGAAUAAGGGACACUCAGCCCAAGUUUCUGUUCCUGCGUGGCGUUCCUGUUUUCACACUCCCAGCCCUCCCUGAUAAGACGUCUUUUGCUUCCUUGUCAUUUCCUUCCUUUCUGACACUGCCUUGUCUUCCUCAAGAGACCCAGAGCACCUGCAAACACAUGACAGCUUCUCCUGUCACCACUUGAAGCUCAGAGCUGGCCCUCCAUUUCCUUGCUCAGAGGGAGUGAGAAAAUUGGUCAGAAGUAAACCAACUGCAGAGCAACCCUUCAGUCUGUCUUCUUCCUUUCAGUUCAGAACAGACUAAUUAUUUGAUCCCCGAAGAUUUUGGUAUUUCAAGUGUAAUAAUGAACUUGCCACACUCCAUCUUCCCUCCACUGUAGCUUCUAACGACUCUGACAGGGUCAGAGCUCUUUAAAGCAUCUUCAAAAGGUGGUUGCCACGGAGACUGAAAUUGGUCUCAGGGACAGGCUGUGCUACCUAGAGUGGCAGAGAGGGAAGCUUCUGGGCCUUGCUUGGACACUCAGCUAGAGCAUCAUUAAGGUCAAUAGAGGAAAUGCAGCCCUGUCAAGAGCAAGGCAAGGUAGCUAAUGAGACCAUCCCCUUUCAUGGCUGCAGCCCUUUUGACUCCCCUCUUCCCCUCAAGCAGGAAGUGUGGAGUCUGAACUUCCUGCUUAAUUGUAUUUUUGGCAGGGACUGGGGAGCUCUGCUCCCAUUGCCCUCCCCAACCUUUGCCUGCAGGCUCAGGCAGGGCUGGUUUCUUUGAGCCCAGUGGGGUACCAUUUGGGUAGAUUCUCCUGAGAGGAGAUGCAGGAAUAUGCUUGGUUCAAAACAAGGUGACCCAUGGGGCAUCUAACAGGUGGCUGAUUUUUCUUGUGCCUUAAUUCUGGAGGCACUUGUUAGAGGGAAGGAACCCUGAAGUAACCAGGGGGUAGGAAGCCUUUGAGAGCCAGAGUAGAUGGGAGAGUCAGUGGGCUCCGACACGCCCCUUUCCCUAAUGCCCCACUGAGGACAGAAGGGGUCUCUUGUUUCCAAUUUGGGAAGAAGGGUGCUCCCCACCUACUCUCUCUUCUUCCAUACCCAAACUGGCAGGUACGUCUAUGGGGAAAAGGCUACUUAGUGACAUCACUAAACGCUUGGGUUCUGUUUGGAAGACGAGGGCAGUGGGCUCUAGGAUGCUGCUUUGCAGUGGGCUGCAGCCCUCAGCAACAGACAGAGGUGUGGUACGUCUCAGACUGCUGGCAAGGAGGAGGAUGUGCCAAGCAGCCCAACCCAGCCAGUGUCUUGACUCACCACGCUUUGCUUUCUUUCUUUUUUUCUUUUUCUUUUUUUAAGUUUCCAGAGAUAAUCUGAGACCACUUCUUUUGUAAUAAAUAGCUCUUGUUUUCGACACUA